GGCAUUCCACGAGUAUUAGCUACUGAAUCAGAAGUGUUUUCGUUAGAGGACCAUGAAAAUGACCUUCGUAUAUCAACGGCUCAUAGAACUGAAGAAAAUGAGAAAAGUCGAUUAUUUGAUUGCCCUUUGGAUAGCGACGAGGAGAAAGAAACAGCACAUGAUGACAUUGUCAACAACAUACGUCAACACAGUAAGUUUAUCGCGAAUACUAGAGCAGGUGAUCGUCGGACCUGUGCAACCUUGGAGUAUUUGA